GGUUGCAAACCAACUCCAAACACACACAGAAACGCUCUUUUUUUCGCUUUGUCUAUAAACCCUAUCUUGUACAACAAGCGAAAACGUCCUAGCUAGUUUGGCAGAAUAAUCAAUCGAUAUGACGAGACCAUUCUCUCCGGUGGUGUUUUUCUUCUUACUACUACUGCCGGCGAUAUGUUCAGCCACCGUAGAAAACGCGGCCGACUGUGCGGCAGUAGGAACGCUGAUAUCCUCGUGCACGGAGUUUGUGAAUUACGGGUACCCGGAUCCGAUACCCGGGUCACGUUGCUGCGACGCGAUGACCGUAAUCGGAACGUACUCUGAUUCGUUGGAGAAGAGAAAGUGGCUCUGUAACUGCUUCAUGGAUCUCAUCAAUGUCUAUAACCCUAACGCCACCGCCAUUUCUACUUUGUCUGGCUUCUGCGGCGUCGUUUUGGGCUUCACCAUCGAUCCUAACACCGAUUGCAACUUCAUUCAAUGAAAAUUCAAAGCUCAGUGGAUUCCAAACGACAUCGUAUCACACCCUAUGGAUCAAAUGUGUCAAGUUUUUGAACUUUUAAUCUGAAGUUCGGUUAGCUCCUCUUAUCUUAAACAAGAUGUAUUAAACUCAUUUAGUAGAAUUGUCUUGAGAAAACAGUAAGGAAUGUUAGUUUGGUUUCAUUU